AUGAAAUCAAUUUCAUUUGGUAUUUGCUUGGUCAUGUUUGCGUUUGGGUCGGAUGUAAUUAAUGUGGUGGAGGUCAAGACCCCCUCUGGCUGGGUCAGAGGAUACGAGGAACUAUAUAACGAGACUCAGGUAUACAGAUUCAUAAAAAUUCCAUAUGCCGAGCCCCCAAUAGGAAAUCUUCGUUUUAAGAAAACACAACCUAUUGGAGAAUGGAAAGGUGUCGAGGGAGUUCGAGAUGUAAAUGCACCACAAUGUUCUCAAAUUGAGGACAGAUAUCCUGGAUUUGAUACAUUGGUAACUGACGAAGAUUGUCUAUACCUUAAUAUUUAUGUACCCGGAAAAAUUUCUGAAGAUAGGAAUCUGUCUGUGAUGGUUUGGAUUCAUGGUAGUGGAUUUAUGUUUGGUGGCGCUAGUCAAUACAAACCACAGAAGCUAGUCUUAGGAGGUGAUGUAAUCGUCGUUACCAUUAAUUAUAGAUUAGGUCUUCUGGGGUUCAUGACACUUCAUGACCCUCUUGCACCUGGAAAUUACGGUCUUUGGGAUCAGAUCGAGGCUUUGCGGUGGGUUCAGAAUAAUAUUGCAGCCUUUGGAGGCAAUCCAAAAUCCGUAACUAUAUUUGGAAAUGCAGCGGGUGGGAUAAGUGUGAGUCUUCAGACACUGAUUCCAUCAAACAAAGGGCUUUUUCAAAGAGCCAUUUCACAAAGUGGAGUAGUUUCCUUAUUUUGUUUUCCAACGAAACGUGAAGAAAAACAGACCAAUGAUUUGGUACUUAAGAAAACGAAUUGCGAAUGUAAAGGGGAUAUUGCAGAAACUCUUAAAUGUUUGCGAGACUUACCUGUAGAGAAUUUAACAGCAACUAUAAAGUUGUUGGAGUUUCAGAGCCCUUUAAAUGUAAGUUUUGUAUUAGGUAGCAUGGGUCCGACGAUUGAUGGCGAUUUGAUCAAAGAUAAUUUGGCAUAUCCAAAGUCUUGGGACGAUGAUGUUUAUUCGUUUUUUCGUAGUAUUGAUUUCAUGUCAGGAACUCUAGACGGAGAAGGGAUUUUGGUGUAUUCGAUGUUAUCUCAGGAAAUUCAAGAACGUUUCAAUUUAAACAUAUCAGAACGGGUACCUGUAAGCAUUCUAUGUGAAAGCUUUGCACCAUCAUAUGUGAAUACAGUUGCAGGAAAUUUUCCGGAACUGACUCAGGAAAUAUGUGAGCUAUACACUACCCCUGAUGGCGAUGACGAGCAGAGUAGGAGAGUGACCGACUUUCAGAGCGACUCAUUAUUCAUCGUACCUAGCAACAUUAUGUUAGGAAUUCAUGCAAAAAACAACAGUCAAGCUAAAACAUUCCAAUACCUAAUCACCAAACCGACUCCCUUUCCUUUUUUUCAAGAACCACCAUCCUGGUUUAAAGGAGCUGGUCACGGCGAAGACUUGCAUUUAUUGUUUGGAGUGACAAGUGAUCAUGUUUCAGAAGAGACGCUUAAAAAGCACGAUCUAGGGGCAGUAGAAAGAUUGUCUAAAAAUGUCAUUAACUAUUGGGCUAUUUUCACCAAGAAUGGUGAUCCUAAUUCGGAAGGUCUUCCAAACUGGCCCUCAUUCAAUACUCUUUCCAAAGAAUAUGCAAUUCUGGACACUCCUAUAGCAGAAGGAGAAAAUCUGAAAGCUAACGCCACAGUUCUAUUGAAGAAAGUCAUUUCGAAAGGAAACUUUACAUUUAAUAAUGUUAAAGACAAGAAUAGUCUAUGUAGUUCUCAUUCAUUGAAUGUGAGACUUGAUAAAAUAAACUAG